AUGUACACGCUUCAACCAGACUUCAGCUUCCCAGGAGGAGUUCCUCCAACUCCCCACCAGUUGCACCCUUCGGUGGUCGACAAGUUGGACCCCGUCUACAAGCAGUUCUACGCCGACAAGUUGAGCACCAACUCCAACAUCCUCUACACCCACAGAGUUCCCUUGGCUCAGCUCAAGGCUGCCGGUAACGUUGUGCCAGGCCAAACGCCCAUGGCCGAGAUGGAGAAGAUCUACGACAUCGCCAUCCCCAGAAAGUACACCGAGGGCCCCGAAAUCCCCGCCAGAGUGUUUGUUCCUAAGGGCACUCCUCCCGCUGCAGGCUUCCCAUGUUACGUGUGGUACCACGGAGGCGGACACGUUCUCGGUAACAUUGGUACCGAGAACUCGUACUGCUCGCACAUUGCAGAGGACGCCCAGUGUGUGGUCGUCACUGUCGACUACCGUUUGGCACCAGAGGCUCCCUUUCCCGCUGCUCCCAACGACGCAUUUGAAGCCUUGGUGUGGGCUCUCGAGGAAGGCCCCGCCCAGUUGAAGAUCGACGGCGACAAGGUGGCUGUUGGCGGCUCGUCCGCAGGCGGUAACUUGGCAGCUAUCGUGUGCCACAAAUUCGUCAACUCGCCCCUCUCGGAAAGAUUGCCCAGCAUCAAAUUCCAGGUCUUGGUGGUGCCUGUCACCGACUGUACCGCCAACACCGACAACUACGAGUCGUGGAAGGAGUACGAGUUCACCCCGCAAUUGCCAGCGGAAAAGAUGCUUUGGUACAGAGCCAUCUACUUGCCUAACGGCGAGUUCACCGACCCUGAAGCAUCGCCUCUCUUCUACCCUGACGAGAGCUUCAAGAAGAACCCCCCAGCCGUGUUGUGUGUGGGUGAGUGUGACGUGUUGAAGUCCGAAGGUUUGGCUUACGGAGACAAAUUGAGAAGAAACGGCGUGGAGUGCACCGCUAACAUCUACAAGGGCUGUCCUCACCCAGUCAUGGUCAUGGACUCGGUGUUGGAACAAGGAAAACAAUUGAUCAAGUCCAACGUUGACGGAUUGAAGAAGGCGUUUGCUUAA